AUGUCCCCGACAGCUCGCCUGGUGCCUUGGCGCCACCCUUCGGACUUACACAACCUGAAAUCCUGCUUGUACCCCACCUCUCCUUCCCCCUCCACCACGCCGGAUGCGGACCCUCGCCAUCAGGCAGUCCAGAAAGUCCGCGCCUGGGGCACGCGCAUGCGGAUCCCCCACUCAAUCGAGUCUACGGCAUUCCUCACACAGGCGAUUCUCGCGGACACUCCGUUGGCAUCACAGCUCUCCUCGCGGCUGUGCUAUGCCAGCGCUCUCUGCCGGUACCGCCUCACCUCCCGCUCUGCGCGGAAUCGACUAACGUUGGAUGUGGUGGUGGUGGCGGUAGCUUCGUGAACGGCCUCCUAGACCCCGCCCAAACUUCUACAUUUGCGCUACCAAUGCACACUCUGGCCAAAACGCUUGGUCUACCAACCUCCUUCGUCGAGAUCCGGCACGCAGCGACGCACGAAGCCCUUCCCAGCCUGCCGCUACUCCGCACAGCGACGGCUCGAGCGCUGGAAUGGUUGUGGGGAAACUACUGGUGCAGCCUCUCCGACCCCAGCUCCGAUCUGGAGCCGGCAGAGGAAGGGGGGGUAAAGGCCCGCGCCCUCCUAAAAUCCUUCCGCACACUCCGGCGCACCGAGCCUGCCCGUGUGCUGCGGUCCGGUGACGGGCGCGAGGAAACGAAACUCGCUAUGGGCCUGAUCAAAGAAUGCAUCUACGUCGCGGGCGACGGCUUGAUAGAUGCACUGCUAGAGGAGAAAGCGCUGAUCCCCGCCGGCAAGCACAAGUCUUCCGCGAUGAAAGGCGCGAUACUCCUCUGGACACCGCUUCUCGAUGCGCUCGAUGCAGCCGUGCCGGAGUUUGGGGAUGCGCUGUUGUUGGCCAUGCUGGAGAGUUUGAAACAUGUCACUGCUGGUGCUACUUCGCAACAGUUGGAGUUUGCGGAGGCAGUUAUGGCUUGGUUGGUGCAUUUGACCACUAGUAAUGCUGACGCGAAGAGUGGGUUUGGGAGGGAUCCGGAUGCGCCGGUUGAUUUGGCUGGGCUGGCGAAGCAGUGUGUUUUGUACCCGUCCAAAUGGUAAGCCUCUACUAGUCUGAGGAGGAGGGGUUUUUGGUCUGGAAGUGAGGCGGGCUGACGGGAGAGCCACAGGACUAUGAGGCUGCUAAGGCAUCUGUUGAAGGAGCAUGCAGCCCUGAGGGGGAGGUAUGCUCGACUUGUGGGGAUGGCUGAGGCGCAGGUUGUGCUAUCACAGGACUUGGCGUUUGAGAUCGAGGAGAGGAUGAAGAAGGGGGAAUGGGGGACGGGUGGGGAGGAAGGGGACACGCAAUUCGCGGGAAAGAAGAGGUCUAUCCAUGACGUCGAGGAGGAAGUCAGGAUGUUUGAGGCUAGGUAUGAAGCCAUGAAGAGGGUACGUCUUUCACGGAAUUCAGAAGGCACAAUUACUACAUCGAUACCUGAAGGCGAUAAGGAGGCCGUGGGUGAGCAGGAAGGCGGGGUUGCUAUUGGCAGGUGGAAGAAGUGGAGUGGAAAGUGGGUGCCCAGGCCAAUUGGUGUAGUAUAG